AUGACCUCGACCAAGUUCCCUUCGGAGCGAGGCAGAGAAGAUCCAAUUCAUAAGCCAGCAAUCGACACCUCGAUCGAGCCGUCCAAGUCUGCGGCCUUCAUCUUCGUGCACGGUUUAGCUGACGGUGGCUCAGCACUUGAAAACAUUGGCGAUCAGUUCCAGCAAGGCGGCAAGCUAACGUGGCUACACUGGAUCUUCCCAAGUGCCAAGCAUAAUCCGACUCAGAUGGAUACAGCUUGGUACAUACAACACUCACUGUCUCCCAUCGCAUUCUCCCGGCCCGCACUCGCCCCCGACGAGGAUGAGUAUGGCAUGUUUGAGACGAUCAGAUACCUCGAAUCUCUAAUCGAUGCUUGCGUUGAAGGUGGCAUUCCUGCCAAUCGUAUUGUGCUCGGCGGUUUCUCACAAGGCAUGGCUAUGAGCCUACUGCUACAUCUUACCUCGAUCAAGUAUAGCGGCAAGUUGGCUGGCAUCGUCGCCCUGCUUGGGUAUCUGCCCCUGUCCGAUGGAAGGAAUCGCAUAGAGGAGCUCCGGAGGGCAGCUGGGUUCCCGGCCAAGAGAUCGGACGGCACGCCGGUCUUCAUGGGAAGGGGCAUGAAGGACUCCUUGGUGCCUAAACACAUAUGGAACAACUCCGUGCAGACACUGAGAGAUCUGGGUGCCAGCGAGCAAGAUUUCGAAAUGCAUGAGUACGAAGGCUUGGCACACAGCAUCAAUGGUGCGUUGCUUCGAGAUCUGUGUGCCUGGCUGGAGAAAGUCGUACCGCCUGCUGAGUAG